GUGAAAGAUUUCCCAGAAUCAAUGCGUUUCCACGAGAUAGCACCAUCACAGUUCGAGAAUCUCUUCCAGUUCCUACCGUUCUUGGAUUAUACGCGCACUGUCUUAACAAACGACUACGAUAAAGGACGUUUGAACAUUCUGAACUUCAUGAGUGGUUUUGCGGGUGCACCUGAUCCAGGCCCGAAAGCUUAUCUAUGUUGUGGUCUUUGCGACGCACCUGAAUUGUCCUCAACACCGUUACAUUUGGAUGUUUCGAAUGCGGUGAAUUUCUUGCCAAUCGUACAAGCACCCAUUGAUAUGUCGUAUGAAGAAAUUUCUGAAGGUAUCAUUCGCGCUCAAUUACUUUAG